AUGGCUGCCAAAAUCGUUGUAUUUCACUGCGUUGUAUAACUCGUGGUACAAAACGCAGGCAUUUUUUCAUGUUAAAAUUCUCCCAGUGUCUUUAAAAUAUCGACAAUAGAGAAUCUCAUUAUUAGAACCUUGUUUAAAAGAAAAUGGGUUCGUCAAAGAAGAAGAAAGAAGGUGAGCGUAUAAAGAAACAUCGACGCGAUAGAAAAGAUACCGAUAGUUCCAAAAAGUCGCGUGAUAAAAGUAAAAGGCGACGUGAAGACGACGACGAAGAAUUGCUGGAUUAUGCUUUACAUGAUGCUGUACAAGUUCAGCAGAAUGUUUAUGAUUAUGGACAUGGUUUUUUAAGCAAAGUUGAGAAUGAAGAGAAAUCCACAAAAGAUGAAACCUCAUUAAGCAUAGAGGAAACAAAUAAAAUAAGAGAAAAACUUGGUCUUAAACCAUUGGCUGUCCCCGAUACAAAUUCAGAUAAAACAAAUACAUUAAAAGAUGAAGAGGAAUUUGUUCAUGCUCCCCCUGUGAACAUUGCUGAACAAGAAAGUCAGGAAAAGUACAAAGAGAAAUUAAAAGAAAUAAGAGAGAAAAGGGACAUGCAAAAAAAACUGGGAAAAGUGAAGAAACUUGCUGAUAGUGAGAGUGAUAAUGAGGAUAGUGCCUUGUCUUGGGUGAAGAAAGUGAGAAAGAAAGAAAAUGAGAAGCAACUAGCUAUAAAACGAGCUCAGUUGCUGGAAGAAAUGGAUGAGGAGUUUGGUGUUGGUGAGCUAGUUAUGAAUGUGAUGGGAAAUAAAGAAAAGGCUUAUACAGCAAAAGAUCUGAAAGGGUUGACUGUUGAACAUUCCUCUAAAAUGAUUAAGGAAGGGAAAGAAGUUAUCCUAACAUUAAAAGAUUCAGGUAUUUUAGAAAAUGAAGAUGAUGUUUUGGUUAAUGUCAACUUGAUUGACACUGAGAAGGCAGAAAAAAAUAUUGAAUUAAGAAAAAAGAAACCAGGAUAUCAAGCCUAUGAUGAAUUUGAUGAGGAUGGAGAGCAAAAAGUUCAUGGUUUGUUAUCAAAAUAUGAUGAAGAGAUUGAUGGUGUCCAAAAGAAAACAUUCAAUCUAGGCAAAGAUGGUGGGCUAAAUUUAACGAAAGAACAAGAGCAACAAAAAAUCCGUGAACAAUUAAAGAAUGAAGCUGUAUCAUUAACAAUGCCACAGUUGCAAACACAAAGUGAAUACUACACUGAAAAGGAAAUGUUGAAAUUUAAGAAGCCAAAGAAAAGGAGAAAAAUUAAGAAGCGAGAAGCUCUUAAGGCUGAUGAUUUGCUACCAUUGGGAAGCGCUGACAAAAGUGACCAUGGAUCAAGAAAUUCAAGGCCAGCACCAUUGAAAAACAGUAAAAGCCAUAUUAUCCAGGAUGAUGCAAUGGAGUGGCAAAUGGCUGAUCCAGAUGAUGCUGCAAUCCAAGGUCGUGACAUGAAUGAGCAAGAUCAGUUAGUUGAUGAUGAGGAUGAUCAGCUUGAACUACAGCUUGCUCUCACAAGAUCACGACGAUCAAAAAUUAAAAAGGAGAAUGUUGGAGCAGAAAAGGUUGUUGAGUCCUUGACUUCAUUAUCAAACAACAUGGAUACAAAGUCAUCUAACCAAAGCACAAUUGUUCUUGAUUCUACAUCAGAAUUCUGUCGAACACUGGGAGAAAUACCUACGUAUGGUGCCUCAGGUAACAGAGCUGACCUUGAUGAUAUUGAUGAUGAGAUGGAUUUAGAAGAAGCUGUUGAUAAGCCAGGGGGGUGGGAAGCAGUGAAGCAACAAGACAGCAAACAAUCAGGCCUGGAUGAUGCUUCAUUGUCAAAAGAUACAAAUAUAUUGGACGAUGAGCCAACAUUAGGAUUGGGCAUUGGAGCUGCACUAAUGUUGGUCCAAAAAAAAGGUUUAAUUGAAUGUGAUAAAAAAGAAAGGAAACUGGCAGGUGGACUUGCAUUACCUGAAACUGUGAAGGUUAUUGAUGAAGAGAAAAUGAGGGAUGAGGAAAGAGAGAGAUUGAGGGAAAGAGGACGGGAUCGUGACAGAGAAAGAUAUAAUCCCAAUUCAUUCAAAGAGAAAGUUGGUUAUAAACCUGAUGUAAAACUAGAAUAUGUUGAUGAACAAGGACGUCAAAUGAAUCCAAAAGAAGCAUUUAGAUAUCUUUCACACAAGUUUCAUGGCAAAACACCAGGAAAAUUAAAGAGUGAAAAGAGACAGAAGAAAUUUGCUGAAGAUCUGGCUCUAAAGAAAAUGAAUGCAGGUGACACUCCUCUCAAUACAGUAGCAUUGUUCUCUGAGAAACAAAAACAAGGACAAACUCCAUAUCUUAUUCUUAGUGGAGGAGGACAAACAUUUAGUGCAGGACCUACUAUCCAAAAAGGAAAAUAACACUAUUUGAAAACUAUUCCAUGAAUUCUUUUCAACAACAAUGUAACAUAAUUGAGGUAUGUAA